GGCUUUGUACGCGGAGCCGCCUGCCGGUCCUUUAACAAUGGGCGGCGCGAGCGCCCCGGCGCUGGGCCGGAGCUGAGGCCGGCGCUUCGCGGCCGACUGUCCGCAUCAUGAGCGGGGCCGGCGUCCCAUGCACGCCGGCGGGGCUGGGGCUGUGAGGGCCGCGGUUCCGGACUGAAGUUGCCGCGUCUGGCCAGGCGCGCCGCCCGGUCCCAUGGAGCUGGAGGGACAGUGGUGGCGGGGACAGCUGGCCGCAGACAUUCAUCAAGCGCUUCGAUACAAGGAGCUGAAGUUGCCUUCCUACAAAGGCCAGUCCCCUCAACUAAGUCUCAGAAGGUAUUUUGCUGACCUGAUUGCCAUUGUGAGCAAUCGCUUCACCCUCUGCCCUUCUGCCCGACAUCUUGCUGUCUAUUUGCUGGACUUAUUUAUGGAUCGAUAUGACAUCUCCAUCCAGCAGCUGCAUUUAGUUGCACUUUCCUGUCUGCUUUUAGCAAGUAAAUUUGAAGAAAAAGAAGAUAGUGUGCCUAAGCUGGAACAGCUCAACAGCCUGGGUUGUAUGACUAAUAUGAAUCUCGUAUUAACAAAACAAAAUUUGCUACACAUGGAACUGUUAUUAUUAGAAACCUUUCAGUGGAACCUCUGCCUUCCAACAGCUGCCCAUUUCAUUGAGUAUUAUCUCUCCGAAGCAGUACACGAAACAGAUCUUCAUGAUGGCUGGCCGAUGAUUUGCUUGGAAAAAACAAAACUCUAUAUGGCCAAGUAUGCAGAUUAUUUCCUGGAAGUAUCUUUGCAAGAUUAUGCCUUUCUAAAUUAUGCACCUUCUUUAGUAGCUGCUGCAUGUGUGGCUUCUUCAAGGAUUAUACUUCGUCUUUCUCCAACGUGGCCUACAAGACUGCAUCGUCUUACUGCUUACUCCUGGGAUUUUUUAGUGCAGUGCAUUGAACGGCUCUUGAUCGCGCAUGAUAAUGAUGUGAAAGAGGCGAACAAACAGAGAGGCCAGGCAGGGUCCCAGCCAGCGCAGCUGAGCGUGCUGCAGUCAGCUUCCCAGCCCUCUCGGCCAGUUCACUUCCAGCAGCCCCACUAUCUCCACCAGAUGCACCACACCCCGCUACAGUAUCGCCAUCCUGUAGCUGAACAGCCAAGCUGCCCGCAGAUUGGAUCCACCACGCACACCUCAUCUUACACACUACAGACGUGUCCUGCUGGCUUCCAAACCAGUGUGCAGGGCCUCGGGCACGUGCAGACUGGUGUUGGGAUGUCCCUGGCCAUACCAGUAGAAGUUAAGCCCUGUCUGAAUGUUUCUUAUAAUCGGAGUUAUCAGAUCAAUGAACAUUACCCUUGCAUCACUCCGUGCUUUGAAAGGUGAUCUUAUGUGAAGGUAAUUCUCGACCCAGACUGUUCUGUGACUUGAAGCUCUGGGGCAAGCUUUUUGUAAACUUCUCUUCAGAAGGAAAGGGAUCCAAAUUAUAUCAGAACUCUUCGGAGACCAGCAUCAGGAAGACAACUGUCCCUUUCACUGCGCCACGAGUACCUGGGAGGACUGAACAAACACUGCACACACUUUAAUAGUAUGCGUAUCAGAUCCUGUCAAAACACAUCCCUGUGUGACAAAAAUUUUCAAGCCCUGGCUGAUGGUCCAAAUAUUUCAAAAAUAUUCAAUACGAUAGAAAAUUUGGACAGACUCUAAAUCACCAUUUUGAGAUUUGACCUGUGGUGGGCUCUGGGCCUAAUGUUAGCUUGUAUUUCAGAGACUAAUGUUUAUCUGUGGACUUGCCAAAUGGUCUUUUUAUGAAGGAAAGUUACAGUAUUAAUUUUUGAAGAGGACUUUUUUUUAUUCUGCAGUUUUGAGUUACAUUUUUGAUCUACAAAUGAAUUUUUGAGUUUAAACUCAUGAAUUGCUAUGCUAUACCAAUCUGUACAGUAAAAAAAAAAUUUUUUUUAGAUGAGUCUAUAUAACUUCCUAUCACAAUAUAUAGGUAUCUGGAUUUAUGUACUAAAAUUAAGGGUGGAGUAGAUCUCUUAAAAUCAUGGUCGUAAGUUUUUGUUGUUUUUUGGCCCUAAGUGAUCAACCUCAAAUCUUUAGGAUUAAAACACACUUAACUCAGGGAAUUUGUACUACUUGGAAACACUUAACUGUAAUGCAACAUGCUUUGGGAAUGUUAUCGUAUGAACUACCUUUAUAACAUAGGUUAAAAUACUCUUGCUAGGAUGUUUUCAGCUGAGAACAUAAUUGUAGCUUAGAAUGAAUGAAGUGGUUCCUGUCAUUCAGAAUCCAUAUAUAGGUUUUGCAUUUCUCAGUGCAAUCAAUGAUUUAUACUCAGAUUUGAUGUUACUCUAGAAGUUUUUUCAAGGGGAGGUGUAACUGUAAAAUGUCAGUACUAGAAUAAAGUCCUGUAGAUUUAUUUUGAAGUGGAAUGUGGCCAGGGUAGUUCUCAGGUUGUGCUAGAGCAGCACUUUGUGAUGUGGAGGACAAGUUUUAUAAGCAGCCUUGCAAUCCAGCCGGUUCGGGUGUAUCGGGCAAAGGAACCGAAUACUAGAUUGCAGUAGCCACUUGCAUUACUUUGGCUCCAGAACUGCCCUGAGACAUUUCACUGUGUCGGUAAUGAGUGAAAACAGCAAUAAUUAGUCAUUACAGCAAGGGCAAUUUGGGGGGAAAGAGUUUGGAGGGAAAAAAAGGAAAAAGAAAGCAUUGUAAUAACUGAAACUAUACAUUGUGCUCUUAUCUGUGGAAGAAGAGAGAUUUGGUGGAGGGAAGCUUUCUGAUUUAAAAAUUAGUAAGGUGUGUCUUUUUGUUUGUGUUUUUUUUAAAGAUAGCACUUGAAUAGAAGGGAAACUGCAUGGCAGGUGUGUGACUGCCGCAAUAUGCAUUGAAGACAAACUUAUUAUAAGAUGUUGUGGGUAUGCAGCAGGAGUCUCCGUAAUCACACCGACGGCUUUUGUUGGGAAGGGAAGGGACUCAACGCAGUAGUGGACUGAUCCAGAUGGCUCCAGUGGGUAAAUGUGGGUGGGUGGCGUGUGCCAGCAUGAAUUCCUAGAGAAUGACCUCCUUAAAAGAAUGGUUAACUUUUAUAAUUAGAGUACAUAUGGCAUGAUGUGGAUUUAUUAAUAUAGUCUGGUAGGUAAAAAACCACUCAGGUAAGAACACUUACUCUUGGCAGUUUUCAAGCCUGAAAAUUGUUUUCUGAAAGUAUCAUCACUUUUCCUCUUUACAGAAAGGCUGCUCAUUGGGUUUUGGUAGUUCUUACCUCAAGAGAACUUGAAUUAUUUGGGGGAAAGUGGGUUAAAAAGAGAAUAUAUCUUUCACAUUCACAUGCAGAACCCAGCACCUGGAGUCCAACUUUCAGUAUUUUAACUACCUCAAUAAUGCUAUGAAUGUAAGAUACUGGGAUAGAGAUCCCAGCUU